UCUCUAACUAGUUUCCUUCAUUAAACUGAUAUACUUAAAACUGUUUUCUAAACUAUAUUUCAUCUAAUUUUGUGAAAAUGCCUCAAAUCAGGAAGGGGGAGCAACAAAUAGAAGUCAAAGCCUCUGCUGAGAAGUUGUACGGUAUGUGGAAGCAGAAGCCAUACGAGAUCGCCAUUGCUGCCCCUGAUCAAAUUCAAAGCUGUGAAUUACGUGAAGGUCAAUGGGGCAAAGUGGGUUCUGUCCUUCACUGGAAGUAUACCCAUGGAGAUGGGAAAGUUAGAAUUGCCGAGGAGAGAGUGGAAGAAAUUGAUGAUGAAAACUAUUCUAUCACUUUCGCAAAGAUCGGAGGAGAUGUUAUGGAACAUCUAAAGAGUUUCAAUGCCACGUUGAAGUUUAUACCAAAAGAAGCUGGCUGCGUAGUGCAGUGGAUUAGCGAAUAUGAGAGCAAGCAUGAAAUACCUGUUAUGCCUGCAGGGUCAGCCAACUCCAACAAGGAUGAAUAUGUUGUUGACCUCAUCAAAAGCGUUGAUGCUUACCUUUCUAAGGCAUAAGCUAAACCUUCAUCAGUAGAUGAUUAAAGGUGUUUGACGUUUUGUUUUUCUUAUAAUAAGUAUUAUAAUUAAGUCAUAUAAUAAGAAGUUCAGCAUCAUUGUCUAAGAAGGCCGUGAUUUUAUCACCGAACUUCUAGUUAAGUGUGUUCUUAUAUUAAUAUGAAAGUCUUAUAGUUUGGACGUUCUUAAUAAUCUUAUAUAUAUUGUAACUGUUUAAAUUUAAUAUUUUCUUCUAAUAUAUGUGAUUUUAAAUGUAAUGUACUAAAGUUGUGUACGAUAAAUAAAAGUUUAAUAAAAAAAAGUUUAUUUACUA